AUGUUGACGAUGAGGGAGAAAAAAGUUGAAAGAAAUGUCAUAACAGAUUUUAAAGCACUUCAUUCAUUCUUCACUUCUAAAACAAACUUUCAUGCGAUGUGGAAUGAACUAAAUUUGAAUGAAAAACCAACCAACACCAGCAUAUUUUUCUCUCCUCCUGAUUUUAGUCUUCACUCACACCCCUUUUAUACUGCUUUAACCAACAUUAAUCUCAUUAAUAUUGAAAUUGGCAACAAUAAACCAUGGGAGGAAAAGGCAAAAAAUGAGCAGUAUAAGGGAAGAAAAAUGAAUUAUUUAAAACCGCAUGAAGAAUUAUUACACAAAUGUCUUCACCAGCAAAAUGUAGACGCAGUUUUACCAUUUAAAAAGGUAUAG